AUGAAUCGUUCACUGGCUGCAAGCCCACGUAAUGGCUAUCUGGACUCUAUCGCUGAUUCUGCAGGAUUUCCAGGCACCUCCUCACUCGAGUUGGAGGCAAUUGCUGCUGUCCAUGAACUUUCGUAUGCAGUACAGUCGAUGAGUGUUUCGGAAAUAUUACCACGAACACCGGAUUUGAUAUUCGUCAAUGUCACCACUGCAGAAGGUUUGUAUUAC